AUAUCCUUCUCCUAUCUCCUCCAAACAUUCUUUUAAUAAAAUCAAAUGGAUUAAGAAAGCUUUUGAUUUAAAAAUACAACUAAUUAGCAUGACCGAAAAAUUAAAUAACAAAGUGGUCGUAGCAUUUGUAAAAUUGAAAGAAGAAAAUCUAAUAGUGGAUGGCAAUGGAUAUAAGAAACACAGUUGGCAAUAUGGACGCAAAUAUAUUUUCUUUAAAAAUAAAAGUAGACUUAAGGUGCAUCGAUAUAAAUAUACUUUCGAAUUAGAACCUCUGACGACAGAUCAUGAAGAAUCUACUAG